UUAUGUGUUGCCGCGAGCUGCCGUGGUAGGGAUGAUGAUGAUGGCGGAGCUGGUGCAGGGACAGGCCUCGGUGGCUCAGCCUGGAAUGAAACCAGACGGCUUCGCCGACGCUUUACACCGGGCUCGACAGAUUGCGGCUAAGAUGGGCGGAGACCAGAUGCCUCAUCUGAACCACUCUUCCCCUGUUGUUGACCCUUCGCUUUAUGGGUAUGGAGGGCAGAAACGCUCCCUAGAUGAAGGAGUAGGUACCCAGCUUGGUGCAAUGGUACAUCCAAGGGCUAUAGUGACGGAGGACUUCAAAGUGCCUGACAAGAUGGUGGGCUUCAUCAUUGGAAGAGGUGGUGAGCAGAUCACCAGAAUCCAGCUGGAAUCGGGCUGUAAGAUCCAGAUAGCAGCUGAUAGUGGAGGUAUGGCUGACCGACCCUGCGCCCUGACGGGGAGUCCAGAGAGCAUAGAGCAGGCCAAACGGUUGCUCGGCCAGAUCGUGGACCGCUGUCGGAACGGCCCCGGCUUCCACAGUGACAUGGACGCCAACAGCGCUGUCCAAGAGAUCUUGAUCCCAGCCAGCAAAGUGGGUCUGGUCAUUGGCAAAGGAGGGGACACUAUCAAACAGCUACAGGAGAGAACAGGGGUGAAGAUGAUCAUGAUUCAGGAUGGUCCCAUGCCCACAGGAGCAGACAAGCCCCUCAGGAUCACUGGGGACCCCUACAAAGUGCAGCAAGCGCGGGAGCUUGUAGUGGAGAUCAUUCGGGAGAAGGACCAGGGGGACUUCAGGACUGGCCGGGGUGACUUUGGCUCCAGGCUGGGUGGAAGCAGUGUGGAUGUGGCUGUGCCGAGGUUUGCAGUGGGCAUCGUCAUUGGCAGAAACGGUGAGAUGAUCAAGAAGAUCCAGAAUGAUGCUGGCGUGAGGAUCCAGUUCAAGCCAGAUGACGGAAUCAGUCCGGAUCGGAUUGCACAGGUGAUGGGUCAGCCAGACAGGUGUCAGCACGCAGUGCACCUCAUCAACGAGCUGGUGCACACAGCACAGGAGCGGGAUGGUUUUGGGGGUGCAGCUGGAGCUCGUGGGCGAGGCCGAGGUCGCAGCGAUUGGAACAUGGGCGCCCCAGGAGGAAUACAAGAAGUGACCUACACGAUACCAGCAGACAAGUGUGGUCUUGUGAUCGGCAAAGGUGGAGAGACUAUUAAGAACAUCAACCAGCAGUCAGGCGCUCACGUGGAGCUCCAGAGGAACCCUCCACCCAACACCGACCCCAAUGUGCGCAUCUUCACCAUCAGGGGUACCCCGCAGCAGAUGGAGGUGGCCCGACAGCUGAUUGAUGAGAAGAUCGGGGUCUCUGGAAUGGGCGGCAGCAGCAGUUUUGGGCUGAGCCCCUUCACCCAGGGCCCCGCCACUGCGCACCAGAAUGGACCACAAACGUUUAUGACUGGAGGUUGGGGCACCACAUACCAGACAUGGCAGACCCAGACACAGCAGGACCUCAGUCACAGCGGGUCACAGACAGGACAGAUGGAUUAUUCCAAGGCAUGGGAGCAGUAUUAUAAAAAACUGGGUCAGCAGAGCCAAGCUCAGAACACUGGUCCUGACUACAGCAAAGCAUGGGAAGAUUAUUAUAAGAAACAGAGUCAGGCUGCAGGUCCUGCAUCCCAGCAGAGCUCCCCUCCAGACUACAGUGCUGCAUGGGUGGAGUAUUACAGACAGCAGGGAGCUUACUACGGUCAGGGCUCACAGCAGACGCAGGCUCCAGGCCUUCAGGAUCAUUAGAGUGGAUUCCCUUUAGUUGAAGAUUUUUGAAUGAUUGAGAAGAUGAAACAAACAAAACCUUUUGUAACAGAGGUUUCUAGAUUUGCAACGCCUUGAAGACUUUUACUUUUUUCUUAGUGAGAAACACUAGCUGUAGAAUGACUUGUACAAUUUAAAACAGAAGAAAAGAAAUUUCUAAAUCAGGAACGUAAAAUUGUUACUAAAUACUUGUGUACACCAUUAUUUGAAUGAACAAUUUCCGGGAACCUUUUCGGACAACAGAUGUUUUUGUUUUCUAUUCUUCCUUUUUAAUUCAAGUGAAAUCGCCAAAAGGAACCCCGGAAUUGUAACAUUUCAGCAAUCGCAAUAUAAUCUAUUUUUUUCUAGUUCUGUUGCAAUAAAAUCGUAAUUAUAGGCUUAGCAGUCUUGAAUAACUUUUGUUGUUUUUGUCAUGAAAUGUUUUAAGAAUGUGUGAAAAAUGUUUUCUUUUCCUUUUACAUAGAGCAAUUUUAAUUCAGUGAGAAACUGUGAUGUUUUGUUACAGGAAAAAUGUUUUGUUUUUUUGUUUUUUUUUUGGUUUUUUGUUUUUUACAAAAUGAGUGAUGUUGGCAACUGGCAGUCAAUUCCUAAUUUAAUUCCUCUUGUUUUGUAUUGUUUUUCAUUGUCAUUUUAUUGUACUCUGGUUUAAAAAGGUGCAAUAUCUUAUUUCAUAUUUGAAACAAAGAUGGAUUUCUUUAUUUUGACAGAUGUUUAACUUGUAGUUCUUAGGGGUUGUUUUUUUUUUAGGUGUUUGGAAAUAAUUUUUUAUUACCUUGAUCUGAUGUGGGAAUAAGGGGGUCUUGCAUAUUGUGAGUUUAUUGCCUUUGCUAUCUUGUAAAACUAUGUAUGUACACUCAGAUACUUGACUAAAUACUUUAUUUAAAUAUAUAUAAUUAAAUCAAAGAAGUUAUUUCCUUUAUUGAGUCAUUUUUGCAGGAAAACUGUCCCUGUUCUGUUUUCAUAUUGAAAUUUUUUUUCAAAAGUUGUGAAUGUGUAAUUUGAAAUUUGAUGUUGCAUCUUGAUGUAUGGACAAAAAAACGAUGGUUUUAUGUAUGUUCUGUACCUACACCAUUCAAGACUGCUAAGCCUUCAGAUCCUGUCUGUGUAUUAAUUGUAGAUUUUUAUAUUCUAAGUAUUAAGAUCAAAGUUGUCUUAUUUGGUACCACCCAGCAUAUCCCCAUUGCCCCACCAGUACACACUGUGGACUUACACGUAGUCCGAUGCUAAUAACUUUUUAAGUAUUUUUUUUUUCUUUCUACUGUGUGAUCUAAUAUAUGUAUGAAUGAUUGAUUAGUUACGAAUUGAAUCUAGUAUUAACUUCACUGCUUAAUGAAAAGGGAUAUUAUAAUUUCAAAUGUUUAAUUUUAGUGGUUUUUUUUUUUUUUCUUCUUGUGUACAGGUAACCGUGUAUUAAAAAUAUCAAAAGACUACUUUUUGUGUUUUUUCUUUAUUUUAUCGUUUUAGUUCUUUUCUUUGGUUUUCUGUAACACAUUCCCGUUUUAGAUCUUCACUUGAACGCCCAUAUAUACCCGAAACUGGACACUACCCAUCUUUAACUCUUGGGAGAUGACUUUAUAUGUGUAAUGCAUCGCUUUGUAUCAUUUGUGUUGUGUAUAGAAAAAUUAUAUUUUCUAUGAUACUUUAUAACCUUUAACAGCUGAAAUAAAUGGGACGCAAGUAA